AGCCGCAAAACCCCUCUUCUUUCGAGUGCCAGGCGAAACGGCGGCGUCUCAGAAACAGACAAGAGUCACCAGAAGAGAAGCUGUUCGAGACCUUCUCGUAACAACUUAAAGUCUUGGAACUGGUCUCCUUCCACCAUGUCAGGCUUUGAAAUCGCGGGUAUCAUCCUCGGCUCUCUUCCCCUCCUGAUUCCAGCCAUCGAACAUGUCCGCCAGAGUCUGUCUACCCGAAGAUACGAUCAGCAGUUACAGAGCCUCACCCGCAACCUCAAGACCGAACGGGUCAAGCUCCAAAAUGUCUGCGAAAAAUUGCUCGACGGACUUGUCCCCCCGUCGCAAAUCCAGCUCAUGAUCAGCGAGCCACUGGGGGAUCUGUGGCGAGAUGAAGACACAGAAAAAAGGAUUCGAGGCCGCCUAUGGGACAAGGACUCGUAUGAGAGCUUCGAGACGGCCAUCCAGAGCAUUUCGGCCUCCGUUGACGACCUGGCAGCCAAGAUCACGGCUCAACGAGAACGACAGGCAUCGCUGCUGAAAAGAGGCGUGUUCGCAUUGAAGCGCACAAACUACACGGAGACCCUCACUGAGCUCAAGGACAACGUUGCGAACCUCGUGACCCUUACAAGUCAGAGCAUCGAGCUGGAACCUUCACGCCGGGUGCGGUCCUACGGCAGGUUCCUCGUCAUUCUUCAAAACCUAUCCAAGAGCCUGUACAGAGCCAUCCAGUCCAGUCUGACAACCUGCCACUGCUGUCAUGAUGUUGGUCUCAGGUUAGAAACUCGCAAGGCCGUCAUCGCCCCACUGGACAGCGAGGACGACAUCACGCGACAUCUUGAGUUUCGGGUCGCUGUUUCGUGCAACCCUGAGGCUGCGGACAAGGAGGCAUUAUGGCGGGAGAUGAUGGCGCUUAAGACGGUGACGGAGCAAAGUACGGCACAACCACCUCCCCUUGAGGCACCUCUUGCCACCAGAGCACCAUUGAGCAACAAGGCCCCGUCGGCUUUGAACAGGUUCAAGGGGAAGAAGAGCGUUAGCUUUACUGCUUCCCAAUUUGCCCCGAGAAGCACAACCAGCACACUCGUAGAAACCACAGCGAGUACCAGCACCCUUGGAACAGCAACGGGCACCCUUCUUUGUACCGCCACCGGCACCCUCCUCGAGAAAAAUCACAUCCAUAGGUUGCCAAUAAGAGCACCAACAGCCGAGCCAACCUUGACCCUGUGCGGGGAUCUCCAGGCAAUCCGGACCCCAGCGAGCUGUCUCAGAGACCCAACAACGAACACGGAACAACCUUACGGCAUCAUCGUCGACGCCUCCCGGAAAUACGCUGUAUAUCCAACCCCCCCAAACUCAGCAGUCAGCUCCCGCUUAACCACCGUCUCCCUACGAAGCAUCCUCGAGGAAACAGGCGAGCGAUCCCCUUACCUCUCUUGUCGUGACCGCCUACAGAUGGCGGUCAUCAUCGCGUCAAGCGUGGUCCAGCUCCACGGCAGUCCCUGGCUCUCGAACACCGAAACCCUCACCAGCCGCGAUAUCCACUUUUUUGUUGACAACAAAGGAGAGAUUGCCAUCUCAUGUGGCGAUCCCAUUCUGGUCCGACGACUCGCUGACCCUUCCCCUAACACGGUUACGGACCAAACCUCCGAAGUCGUCACUUCGAAGCGCAAUCCAGCUCUUUUGUCGCUAGGGUAUCUGUUGCUGGAACUCUUUCUAGAAGACACGAUGAAGUCGUUUCGGGCACCGGGGGAGCAGGCUCCCGGCGCCGUCGGGAACGUUCUCUCCGACUACAUUACGGCACAACGGGCGCUGGAAAAGGCUACUUUUCCGAGCGAGAACUACAGGAGUGCUGUCUCAAGGUGUUUGCAGGGUGAGCUACAUGUAUCUAAGCCGGGGCGGGGGUUUGAGAAUGAGGACUAUUGCCGCGAGUUUUACUCGGGAGUCAUUGCGCUUCUUGAGAAGGACCUCGAGAACGCAUGACGGGAUGCAGGGGGAUGUGGGUAUUGAUACAAGGGGGCUGUUCAGUAAUAGAUAGCGACAGGCGAGAUAGAGACUGAGAAAAGGGAUGUUCGGAAACACCGGGUGACCAUACCCCUUGAACUCAUUAAGGAUACCAGGGACCUCCCUUCUUUUCA